AUGUACUCCAAAAACAAACCUUACAUGACACGCUAUUUGUCACCUAAUACUCUCUCUUCCAGCGUCGCCAAAGCUUCAUCAGUCUGCACUCAGUCGUCCUCGCAGGACUCCGGCUGGCACGUCUGGUCCGGCUGGUGGUCAGAAGAGGUCAAAGGUCACGCUGAGUUUGGAGAGCAAGAGACGGACGCUGAACAUCUCCCGGCUCCCUCAGAGAGCAGCAGCAGGAGUGACAGAGCUCUACAGGACCACGAGGACGAUACUCAGGAGAACGUCCUAAAUGAAGAGACGCAGAACAUGGAGAAAGAUGAAGACAAACAAGAGCAGAUCAAAGAGCUCAAGCUCUAUAAGAUAGCCAGUGAGCUCCUGCAGACGGAGAGAGCGUAUGUGACCCGGCUGCAUUUGCUGGACCAGGUGUUCUGCGCUAGACUCACAGAGGAGGCUGGGAAAGGGAUGUUUCCUGUGGAGGUGGUGAAGGGCAUCUUCUCCAAUGUGGGAUCCAUCUACACCUUCCACAGCCAGUUCCUCCUGCCGGAUCUGGAGACGCGGAUGAGCCAGUGGGCCUCCACGCCCCGCAUCGGGGACAUCUUGGCACAGCUCGCGCCCUUUCUCAGGAUGUACGCGGAGUACGUGAAGAACUUCGACAGCGCCAUGGACCUGCUCAAACAGUGGACGGAGCGAUCGGUGCAGUUUAACACCAUCAUUCAGGACAUACAGAGUCAGGAGGUGUGUGGGAAUCUGACUCUGCAGCAUCACAUGCUGGAGCCGGUGCAGCGGGUCCCUCGCUACGAGAUGCUGCUCAAAGACUAUCUGAAGAAACUCCCGGAGGACGACCCCGACCGCAGCCAGGCCAAGAAGUCUCUGAACAUCAUCUCAAUGGCUGCCACACACUCCAACAUGGCCAUCCGCAAGAUGGAGAACCUGAAGAAGCUCAUGGAGAUCUAUGAGAUGCUGGGAGGUGAGGAGGACAUCGUUAACCCGUCCAACGAGCUCAUUAAAGAAGGACAAAUCCUAAAGCUGGCCGCCAGAAACACCUCGUCCAUGGAGAGAUACCUUUUCCUGUUUAACAACAUGUUGCUGUACUGCGUGCCCAAGUUCAGUCUGGUGGGCCAGCGGUUCACUGUGCGCACGCGGGUCGGCGUUGAGGGCAUGAAGGUGCUUGAGACCUCUAAUGAAGACUAUCCUCACACUUUCCAGGUGUCGGGUAAAGAGCGAACCCUGGAGCUGCAGGCCAGCUCAGAGCAAGACAAAGAGGACUGGAUCAAGGCGUUCCAGGAGACCAUUGAAAUCUUUCAGCAGAAGAACGAAACAUUCAAAUCAGCCUCUAAAGAAGUGGCGGAUGAGGUUUCUAAAGAGGAGCUGGGGAAGAGAGCCCCGCGCUGGAUUCGGGACAAUGAGGUAACCAUGUGCAUGAAGUGCAAGGAGCCCUUCAACCCUCUGACCCGCAGGAGACACCACUGCAGGGCUUGUGGAUACGUUGUGUGUUAUAAAUGUUCGGACUACAAGGCAUCGCUGAGGUACGACGGCAACAAAUUAAACAAAGUGUGUAAAGACUGUUACUUCAUUGUGACCGGACGAGCGGAUGCUGAGGAACCAGUCAGCGGGAAGAAAAGAGGAAUUCUUGAGAUUGAAGCAGCUCAGGUCUCAGGAAACAGUUUCCUUUGUGGCUUUCUGCAGUACAGUACAGACCGAACUAAACCGUGUCAGAGGGUCUGGUGUGUGAUUCCGCAGCACGACGCACUUGUUCUUUACCUGUACGGCGCUCCACAGGAUGUCAAAGCCCAGUGUACCAUCCCGCUCCUGGGUUACCAGGUUGAAGAUGUCCAACGGUCUGUGGAUCAUCCUCCCACCAGCUUCCGUCUGUGCCAGUCCAAAUCUGUUCACUGCUUCAUUGCCGACACGGAGGAAGUGAAACUGCGCUGGCUAAAAGUGAUACACAAGGCCGUGAUUGGGGAGAUGCCAGAAUGCCAGACGCCAGUCGAUGACGACCUUGCCAACAGCUGCCAUGAUGGUGUGCCUGAUGGUACCUGA